UGUCUUCUCUAUGGUGAAUAUUAUUUUCUGAGUACUUUGUUUUGAUCCGUGGUUUAACCCAUUGAAAAUACACAAUAUUUCGGAUUUACCUUCUUGUUAAGAUAUGGCAGGACAAGACGAUAGUAGAACUAGUGAUGAUGAAACUGUGCCCAAGAAAGAGACAGAUCCGGUAGACGAAAAUGACGGCACUAUUGCCGAAGAAUAUGUCACACUGGAUUCUAAAUUGGAUGAACUGAACAUUGCCCUUGACUUUUUGGAACAGAAGAAUGAUGAUAUUCACAAAAAACUAAAAGAGUUACUGGAGUCCAACAGAGCCAUCAGGGAAGAGCUGAAGAAUGAGGGUGCCGGUGACGGAGACACACAGAGCAGCAGCAACUAGAUAAUAUAUUUUAUUUCGUUUAAAUCUUCUAGAACACUGUGAUACUGAAAUGUAAUCAAUCAAGAGCUAUAAUAUAAUAUUUUGUUGAUUUUCUGUUAUAAAUAGCUAGUUCCCAAAAGACAUUUUAAAACUUAUUAAUUAUUAAAUGAAUUCAGAUUGUAUAUUGUUUAACAAUCUAAAUAUUCUAAGUUUUUGGUUUCUUGCAAUAGCCUAAAGCCUUUUGGGUACUACCUAUUCAUUUAGAGAAAUUUAGUUUCAAUGUUUACUAUGAUUAUUGUAACCAA